CCUUAUUUGCGACGGUCUGUGAGGAUGAUAGGGACGCUUCAACUCGACAAAUACACAUUGUGAAUUAUAGCUCGUCGCCUUCUGCUUCGCUCGACAGGGACGAACAAAGAAAGCUCACCAUGCCUCACAUCGGGUUAGCCAUGGAGCGGAGUCUCCAGGGUGGAGGUGUUGUUGAUGGGCUCAGAAACCUCAUUGCUCGGAGUAUGGUGGCAGCACUGGGAACGCGACAGUCUUUGGCGGGCUUGCAAAACGGCGUUUCCGACGCCAAGACAGCGCUGUCAAGUUGGGAUAACUGCAUGGCUGUGACAUUUUGCAAGUGGCCCGUGAUCGGCAUCAUCAUCCUUGGAUCGCUUAUCCUCUUCUCGAUUCUCUGGUGCUGUGCCAGGUGUCUCUUCUGCGGCCUAUCUUGCUGCUGUGAAUGCUGCAUGUGCCUCAAGUGCUGCGGACAGUGCUGCGGCAUGUGUGAUCCGCCUGGAGGGAGGAAGCACAAAUACCUAGAUGAGCCCUUCAUCCCACCCCAUCACGAUCAAGCCUACAGGCCCCAGGCCCCGAUGGACUACCCGCCGCCUCAGCCUGCAGCAGCACCAAAACGCGAAGUCCCGCAAUACGCCACAUUUGAGUCGGACAAGAAGGAUGCAGACUCGCUGCCAGCUAUGCCAACAUGGAAUGAUGGAAGCUCGCAGAAAGUCAUGGUUGAGGAGGAAGUCGAGAUGGAACCGCUAAAGAAGCCGACACCGAGUCCGAGCGUGGCAGCGAACGCGACCGGUCGCACCGUGUCCCCUCUGUCUGCUCAGGGCCAUGGUUCACCACCAAGCGUGAGCCCAUACGGCCCUCCCCCAGGCCGAGCGGGUGCGAACGGAUACAUGGGAGCCGCCGCAGAUCCUUAUGCGCAGCAAGAAACUGGCUAUUUUGAUGGCGGCGAGUACGGACAACAAGCACAACCCCAUGGUAUGAAUCACAGUCAAGAGUAUGGCGUGGAUCAGGCAUACGGCGGAGGCGCCGGCGCGAUGGCCAUGGGACGGCAGCCCUAUCAGCAGCAGGGCAAUGACAUGCAUGCCUAUGGCAACCAACCUCUUCGGAAUCAGCCUUACAACCAGCAAGGCAUGGAAGUAGACGCAUAUGGCAACCAGGUCCAGCCUCAGCCGUACGGCCAGCAAGGUUUCCCACAGUCACAGACACCAAGACCGUACGGCGACGAGUACGGCCGUAGCAUGACCCCAGGCGGUCCUGCACGCAGCGGAACGCCGGGCUCCCAGAUGCGGCCAAACGGAUAUGGCCUCUCAACGCCCGGCGCAUAUGGCUACGACAACAACCCGGCACGCAUGAAUUCCCCGGGUCCUCAGGGAGGGGCAGGAUACCGUGCUUCACCAGGACCCCAGGGUGGCAACGGAUACGGCCAACAGCAAGGCAUGGGGCCGAGUGGCUAUGGACGCCCGCCGCCCCGCCGGCAAUACACGGGAGACUCGCAGAGUCAAUACUCUGCUGGGCCGAUGCAACAGCAGUACAGCGGAGCUCGCCAGCAGCAACCGUACCCUCAAGCCCCCAGCCAGAGCCAUGACUACCCGACGGGCGGUGCAGCGAGCGAUUAUCACGAGUUUGCAGGCUCGACACAGCAGCCGGCCGAAUUGUACUCUCCUGUCGCCAUCGCACCACCUCGCGCGGCAGAGCUUCACUCCGAGCCGGCCUCUCCACUCCACAACAACGCUGGGUUCGACUUCCAGUCGGGCUAUGCCCGAGCCUCUCCUGCUCCAGCUGCGGAGAGACCGGCCGGUCCUGCAGCGGGUUAUCCAGGCCAGAGACAAUACAAGCCGCAGGGAGGCUAUUGAUCAAAUCAUGGCAGUGAGCUGUGUAGCUCGGUUGGUGCAUAGUACAGUAACAUGAGAUACCCCCUUAUGUACAUGUUCAUUUUCAAGCAGAAAACGGUCGUUUAUGGAGUCAUU